AAAUAUAAUUAAUAUGCAUCAUCUUGUACGUCACAUGAAAAGCCUUUCUCUCCUCUUCCCAAGAAUGAUCUCUUCCAUUUAUAUAUAAUCCUUUCUGUUGCAAAGCAUGCAGAAGUGAAAAGUCUCUCUCUCACCUAAACUUUUAAAGACAUUCAUUAUAUAUAUGCCAUUUCUAUAUAACAUGUGGCCUACAUUAGUAGCUAAUAAGAUACUCAAGAAGCGACUAGGAAGCACCAAUUUUGUAGCAGAUAAUCCUAGUUUUGAUGAACCCUUGUUGAAUUAUGCAGACAUUGAUCACACUUCUGAAAUAGUCAAUAAUCAUCACAAGGACAAACACAAAUACAAGAUUUUUGUUAGCACAUGGAACGUAGGUGGAAUUGCACCGGAAGAAGAUCUAAACAUUGAUGAUUUGUUGGAGACAAACAACAACUUCUGUGACAUCUAUGUACUAGGGUUUCAAGAAAUAGUGCCUCUAAAAGCUUCAAAUGUCUUAGGAUCAGAAAACACUGAGAUUUCCAAUAAAUGGAAUUCCAUAAUCAGAAAAGCUUUGAAUAAGGAUCAUGGUGAAUCUCCACAUGAUGAUUUCCAAUGUAUAAUCAGCAAACAAAUGGUUGGAAUAUUCAUAUCUGUAUGGACAAAAGGAGAUAUUCGUCCAUUCAUUCAACAUCCAAGUGUUUCAUGCAUAGGUUGUGGCAUAAUGGGAUGUUUAGGAAACAAGGGUUCUGUGACAGUGAGAUUUCAAUUACAUGAAACAAGCUUCUGCUUUGUGUGUAGCCAUCUAGCUUCUGGUGGCAAAGAAGGAGAUGAAAAGUGUAGAAAUUCUAAUGUUGCUGAAAUAUUUUCUAGGACUACUUUUCCUAGAGGUCCUUUACAUGAUUUGCCAAGAAAUAUUCUAGAUCAUGAUCAUGUAAUAUUGCUUGGAGAUUUAAAUUAUAGGAUUUCUCUACCAGAAGAAACAACACGCUUACUUGUUGAGAAAAAGGACUGGGAUUCCUUAUUAGAAAAUGACCAACUAAUGAUGGAGCUAAUGAAUGGCAACAAUUUAAAAGGGUGGCAUGAAGGACCAAUCAAAUUUGCACCUACCUACAAAUAUUGUCCAAAUUCAGAUAUAUAUUAUGGUUGCUGUUGUCAUGGAAAAAAGAUAGAAAAGAAGAGAGCACCAGCAUGGUGUGAUAGAAUAGUAUGGUAUGGAAAGGGUUUGAAGCAAGUUGAGUACACAAGGAGUGAAUCAAAACUAUCAGAUCAUAGGCCUGUUAGGGCAAUAUUUACUGCAGCGGUAAGGGUUUCAUCAGAGGUGAAAAGCUUACAGAACUUGUCACUAUCAGAAAGAUUUGAGAAAAUUAAAACUCCUUUUGAAGUCUCUUCCACAGAUGAAAUUGUAUGUAGAAAACAAUUAAGUUUCCGGUUGUAAACUAAUCAUAGUGUGAUUAUGGAGAUAAAUUAAUGUGUAUAAAUGAGAAGAGAGAAUUAGAUUUUGAGUGGAAAGAAAGUGGGAAAGUUGUUACAAAGGACAUAAAGUUUUUGUUGCUGAGGAGUAUACAGUAUAGUUGGUUGUUGUUGAAUUAUGUAGAUAUCAUGUUAUUUUAAUGUGAAAGAUGUUGCAACUUGAAA